AUGUACACCUUCAACCACCCCUCUAGCUGGGUCCUUGGCAUAACCACCGCCGCAACCACGACACUCGCCCCGCAACACUACACCAGCUGGGAGGAAGUAAUAUGGGACUUUUCACUGGCCUCAGUCCCAGUUCUUGUCGGUCUUUGGCUUAAGCCUUCCCCCGGCACAUUCGCAGCUGGAAUGGUCUUGGCCUACUGGUUCACCUCCAUAUUCACAACCUCGUGGCUAUUUCGGUACUACGUCUUUUCAGGCAUUGUUUGGUCAUGUUAUUCUUCCUUUCACAAAUACGAGUCCCUAACCUUGGAGGAUGUCCCGCCAACCUUUGGGGGCUGGCUACAGCUCGUCUACUGGAACUUCUUGGCAGGAUGGAACAACAUGCUAGAACCACCAAAGGUCAAGCAAGAUGAGCUUCCCUAUCGAGGCAGGCUGUUUGGUCUUCCGCAAAGAGAGGGAGAUAGGCCAAAGACGAGUAGAUGGCUACCUGCAAGGCAGCUCAGCCAGAAAGGGCCACCCAGCGCGUUUUACAAGCUGAAUGACAUGGUAAAAAAGCUCCAGGCCAGAUCAUCCCGAGAUUUGAGGGUCAAGAUGUCUUUCUUGGAAGCCGGGAUUCGUGGACUAUUCAGGGACAUCGGUGAUAGAACGGCCGGGACGGUUAACACGAGAGACGAAUGGGGGGGAGAGAUCGCGCAUAUUCACGCAGCUGAUGGGUCACUGCAUGUCAACCUUCAUCCCGAGGAUGUUAGCACUGUUUUGCAGGCCGGUUGGGGGCAGCGGCAUCCUCUUGCGGGAGGAAACGACUCAAAGAUAUUCAGGUUCUGGUUUCAUGGCGUAAUGGAAAAACGACUACCAGUGCCUGUUGGAUGGACGUUGGUAUACGCCCCGAGGACGUCUGAGGAGGAGGACGUGGUGGAGGAGAUUAUGAUUGCAGCAAUAUGGUACGCGACGCAAGGAAAUGUUUACGCCAUUGGUGGUGAUGAGGAACGUAGAGUACGGAGGUGGAAUGCAAGGCCCGAGGAGUUCAAAAGAGAGGAGAGGUGGUGGGAUUGGCUGUGGAGACUUGUGCCAGCACCCCCUGAGAGGGGUUGGAAAUGCGAAUGCUGCCGGAAUUGUUCAAGAGGAUGUGCGGGCAACAAGGUGGAAGGCCAGACAACGUCGCCGCAAAGAUCCAAGGAGAAAGGAGAACAGAAAAAAGAGCCAGCGGCUGAUCCAAUGUCGCCCGACUCAGCUUCGAACCCAGAUGCAGGGAGAAGUAGGUCGAAUGUUCAUUUUUCGGUACCAGAACCACUCCCCGUGAUAUCGGACCCCGGAAUAGAGGGGCAUAGGGCCAAAGGAAGGAUGUAUCCAUUGCCGGAGUCUCCAAAACCAGACGAGAACAAAACCAAGUCCGAUCCUGGAAGAGCCACGAUAGGCAGCAAAGGGUUACAGGACAACUGGACUUGGAGCAGUGAUGUUUUUUAA